AUGGGGGGGGUUAGUGGGUUGUCACGGGGCAGAUGUGGCUUUGAAGACAGGACAGGCCCAGCCGAGAAGGGAAUUUUCUUCUCAUAUCAAAGAAUUCAGUUGUCUGUUGAAUCACAUCGCCUCAGCUCCGUCGAGCUGACGAGCAGAGGCACGGAUUGGCCUGAACUUGAUCUUAGAGCUCAGUUGGGCACCGAAGAAUAG